UCCUGUUGCGGAUCCAUUUUGGUGUCACUUCGACUCUGCCGUGCCUGGCGAUGACGUCGGUGUUUGACGUCAUGUACCCCGGACUCACCACCACCCAUCUAUCUAUAAAUACACCCACAACAUCAACACCAUCAACACAGCAUUUCCACAAGAAACAAAUAAUCACCACUACCUUACACUACAUUGCAAUCAAUCUACUCUCUACUACAUUUCACAAAACCAACACUACACACCAACAACCACAAUGUCCUCCACCGACUCCCCCAACAACAACAACACCACCACCACCUCGACUCUUAAAUCCUACGUCGACCAAGCAACCGGCAUGGUCCAACGCGCCGCUGGCUCCCUAACCGGCGACUCCUCCACCCAGUCCGCCGGCUCUGCCACUCAGUCCCGCGGCGAAGCCGAGCACAACGCCAGCCACAACAACUUCACCAAGCUUGGACCCGUUACCGCCGACCCUGCCACGGGCGCUGCGGCCACAGACCACCCUCAGCGCAGCAACGGCAGCUGGGACCAGACCGUCGGUUCUGCGAAGGAGUCCCUAGGCAACUUGAUUGGAAAUGAGGGUCUGAGGAAGGCUGGUCAGGAGCAGAAUGCGGCUGGAAAGCAGGCCGAGGCGGAGGGCCAGGUGAGGGAUUGGAAGGAGGGCGUUGAGGGUAGAGCUAAGGGAGCUGUGGGAAAGGUCGCUGCUGCGGCGACGGGGGAUGAGGAGGAGGAGAGGAAGUGGAGGGAUGUACAUGAUGAGGGGAAGGUUAGGGAGAGGGGGGUCGAGAGUGAGGUUCAAAAGAGGUAUUGAUCCACUCCCUCCGGAUGAGGGAUGGAUGACACGAUACGAUUGAUAUGACUGUUUUGAUAUGGGAAUGGA